AUAUUUUAAAUUUUCUUUUACUGUAGUGUUUGGUAUUGAUGGAAGUCAUGUUUCAAGCAAAUAUUUUUUUUAUAAAGUCAUUUUGUUGAUGUUUAAUUACCAGAUUUUUCUUUUGAAAGGAGAAAUGACAAAGGACUUACCUCACUUACGCAGGGAACUUUUAACUUCUUAUUAGUUGUUCCAACUAACACUAAUUAGACAAUAUCAUUAAUAAAAGCGAUGCCUGAAUUCUCCAGUGAAGAGGUGUGAGAGAUUAACAAUUGUGAGUAUGAGAAGAGGUAGAGCUAGGCCGAAAAAGUAUUGGAAAUAAGGUGAUUAGGCAAAACAUGACAUAUCUUCAAGCUUAAUGAGGACAUGACCUUUAAUAAGAGGGUGUGGAGGUCGAGAAUUAGGGUAGAAAGUUAGCUAGCAGUCGAGCGUCUUUCCUUUCAUACCAAUAUUGGUAGUAUUAUUACGUAUUUCUAUAUUCUUAGAUUUCUAUUACUACCUGAUAUUGUUUAUAAUUCCUUUUUACUGUUAUCUUGUUGUUGCUACUGCUUCUCUUUAUGAAUUCUACACUAUUUCAUGUCUUCAUCUAUACUAUUGUGAUUAUACAUGUUAGUUUUGAGCCGAUAAUCUAUUGAAAACAACCUCUCUACUUGCUUAAAGGUAGUGAUAAAGUUGUGUACUCACUACCUUCUUCUGACCCCACUUGUUGGAUUCGUUGUUAUUGCUGUACAUAUAUGUACUUUAAAACAAAUCACUCACCAAUCAAACACCGGAAAAUAUAUGGCGACUGUGUGUUAUUCUUUAGGCGUGCAGUUGUAGAGGAACUUGCGCAUGGAAAAGGCUUCCUCUGCAUUCGAUGGAAAACUCAACAUUCUUAUUAAUAAUGUUGGAACAAGCAUUACUGUCGAAUAUACCACCGAAGAUUAUGCACACAUAUUUGCUACAAAUUAUGAAUCUUCAUUCCAUCUCUGUCAAAUUGCUCAUCCUCUUCUGAAAGCAUCUGGAGCUGGAAUUAUUGUUUUCAAUUCUUCUGCGUCCAGUCUUGUGCACGUGUCCGGUACUUCUAUUUACAGACCAACAAAAGCGGCAAUGAAUCAGCUUACGAGACAUUUGGCUUGUGAAUGGGCUAAAGAUGGUAUUCGGGUUAAUGGCGUUGUGCCCUGGUUCAUAAAUACGCCACUCGUGGAACAUUUGGUCAAGGAUAAAACAUUUUUAGACGGAUUAAUGUCAAGAACUCCUCUUAAACGACCAGGAGAAGUUGAAGAAGUUUCAUCUCUAGUGGCUUAUCUGUGUCUUCCUGCUGCUUCCUACAUCACUGGACAGGUUAUUGUUGUUGACGGAGGCUUCACUAUCUGUGGUUUCCAAUUCCAACGGCCAGAAUUUUAAUUAGUUCUUGUUGAAAAUUAAUGGUGGCAGAGUUUCUACCUUAGUACCUUUGUAAUAAUGCUGUAUUUGCUCAUGUUAUGUGUUUAAUUUCUCAAGUGUGUUAAUUCCAGUUGAAAGCAUUAAGAAUAAAACUUGUGAUCAUUUCAAUUU